CGGCGCGGCGCAGCGCAGAAGGGGCUGGACCAGCUCCUGCCGGGGAGAUUUAGAGCGAGUCCUCGAGCUGAGAAACAGAGACGGUCAGCCGAGGAGAGGAGCAGGACGAGGCAUUCCUGGUGAGAGAACCCAUCAUGAAGUUUUAUCUCUGCAUAUUGGCCUUAAGUUUGGAGGCCUGUUUUGCUGCUCCAGGCCUAGACCCUGCUUUGGAUGACCACUGGCAACUAUGGAAAACAUGGCAUGGCAAGGAGUACCAUGAGAAAGAGUCAGGCUGGAGGAGAAUGAUCUGGGAGAAGAACUUGAAGAUGAUUGAAUUGCACAACCUGGACCACAGCCUGGGCAAGCACAGCUACAGACUAGGAAUGAAUCAGUUUGGAGAUAUGACUAAUGAAGAGUUCAGGCAAGUGAUGAAUGGCUUCAAAAGCACCAAAAAGGAAAGGAAAUUCACAGGAUCGCACUUCCUUGAGCCAAAUUUCUUAGAGGCUCCAAAGUCUGUCGAUUGGCGGGAGAAGGGAUAUGUAACUCCUGUGAAGGAUCAGGGUCAGUGUGGCUCUUGCUGGGCUUUCAGUACGACCGGAUCCCUUGAAGGACAGCACUUCCGUAAAACUGGCAAGCUGGUCUCUUUGAGUGAACAGAACCUCGUGGACUGCUCUCGGCCUGAAGGAAACCAGGGUUGUAAUGGGGGCCUCAUGGACCAGGCUUUCCAAUAUAUAAAUGACAAUGGUGGCAUUGAUUCAGAGGACUCCUACCCAUACGUUGCAAAGGAUGUAGAAGAUUGCUUGUACAAGCCUGAAUACAACUCUGCUAAUGACACUGGCUUUGUGGACAUUCCAUCAGGGCAUGAAAGGGCCCUCAUGAAGGCUGUGGCUGCAGUAGGGCCAGUCUCUGUGGCUAUUGAUGCAAGUCACAGCUCUUUCCAGUUCUAUGAAUCAGGUGUUUAUUAUGAACCAGACUGUAGUAGUGAGGACCUGGAUCAUGGCGUUCUUGUUGUUGGUUAUGGCUUUAAGGGUGUAGAAGAAGAUGGCAAGAAGAAGUACUGGAUUGUAAAAAACAGCUGGAGUGACAAGUGGGGUGACAAAGGCUAUAUCUUGAUGGCUAAAGACCGAAAUAACCACUGUGGAAUUGCCACAGCUGCUAGUUAUCCUCUAGUAUAAUUCUGAAGAAAAAAGAUUCAUUUGCUGAACAGUUGCAGCAGUCUUAAACAUGAGACAAGACAAACCACUGGAAUAAGCUGUCCAGGCUGUUGGGUCUCUCCAGACACUUUCUGAGGCCUCCAAAGUAUUCUUGCACCAGAAAGGACUUUAAACUGACUAUUACACAUGUUACUAAUACAUGUGGUUGUAUCUUUCUUCCAAGAUCUGUGAUUUUUAUUUUUUAUCUUGAACCUCUCUGACGUUUACUUGAUGGCAGUGUGUGCCGUGUUGUUUUUUUAAACUCAAAUGUAAAUGUUGCUUAUGUACACAGGCUUGUAAUAUUGAUAGUUUGCAGUGUGUCUAAAUCAUAGAUUCUUUUUUAAUAUGUUUUUGAGGCAACUUGCACAAAGUUAUAGCUUUCCAAAUAAACAUUUCAACAUGUC